AUGAAUGAAGAAAAAGAAGAUCCUAUCUUGGCUGCUCCAACUCUUGUCAAAGAGGAGUCAACACUAAUGGAUGCGCAUGAUGGUGACACGACUUCAAAUAAUGUUGAUUCCACAUCGGAUGAUAAGGAAAAAAAUCGUCUCAAGUAUGAUCAGCGUCGUAUCAGUUUAUUAAACAAUCCAAAUUAUGGUGUCAUAUUAUGUUUUUUGGAUAAAUUUCGUUCACAUGUUGAUCUACAAGAUUAUCCGUUACAUUUAUUGGAAGAAAAUCUUCUAAGCGACGAAGAAAAUAUAAGUCGCCGUUUAAUUGACUUUCAUAUCACUCUAUUAAAACGAAUAGCAUUAGGCAAAGGUGCCCAGCGAGAUAAAUUUGUUCCGGUCAUUACUAAAUUUGCAUAUCGUUUUGAUUAUGAUGAUGGCGAAUAUUUAAAAGCCAAUGGCUAUUCACAAGCAGAGAUUGAUAUUAAAGGCCGUAUUUUGAAAAAUUUAUUGGAAACACAAUUUGACUAUAAUCAAGGAUUUAAAGCAGCUUUAAUCGAAAAACAAGCUUUCGACGUUCGUUCACAACCUUUUGGUCGCGAUCGUUCUGGUGCAUCGUAUUGGUUAUUUCUGGACAACGAAUGCUUCAUACGUUUAUUUCGAGAAACUAUCGACGAUGAAAGAAACUGGACUAAUGUUGCAAAAGACAACGAUGAAUUAGAAAGUAUCAUCAGACUACUUAUUACUGAUUAUGUCGUACGAAAAAAAUUUCCCGAUUGGAAAUUUACUCAUGAGCCUCUAAAUUCCUUGGAACAAUCUCAUGAAUUUGAACAACGUUAUGCAGUAAAAUUUGUUAAUGUAAAAACGGAAUCCGAACUAGAAAUUAAACCCAGUAGUCCAUCGCUAUUAUCACCAGCAGAGCCAAUCAAAAAUAAAUGUAAUUCAAUAAUUAAGUCUAAAAAGUCACUAUCAAAAGCAUUAAUUAAAAAUGAAGUACAAUCGCACGGAGAAUCAUCAAAUUCCCUCGACAAAAAUGGCGAACGAUCACGUGUUGUUUCAUCAGAAGAUACAAAUCCAAUGGAGUUAGCUCGAGAAAUAAAUAAUAAUCAAGAAGAUAAAGAACUCAAAAGUCCGACGAAAAAAUCUCGUGGAAGACGAAAAUCUUCAAAUUGGAAUAAGAAGAAACGACGUACAAUGUCAAACACUUCUAAGAAGGAUGAACCUGAGCCAGAAAUUCAAACAUCAAAAACACCAAUGAAAGGAAGAAAACGAAAACAAUUGGUGGUAGAUGCAAAUGAAAUAGAAGAUACGAAAAGAAAGGAAGAAACUAGUCAGGAUAAAGAUACAACUCAAAUUCUAUUGGAUGAUGAAUUGAAUAUUAAUGAAGAUUUACCUAUUGCACUACGUAGAUCAAGACGUGCUCGUAAAGUGCCCAUCAAUGAACUUCCUUCCAGUGCAUCUAGCCCAACGAAAUCAGUUUCACACAUUCCAACGAAGAAGAAAUUAAUGAAUGAAAAACUAAAAAGUACUAGUCAAACGACUGUGAAAGUAUCAUCUAAAUCUAAACGUCAUCGUAAGCGUGGUCGCCGUCGUGGCAAUGGUAAAUCAUCAGUGAAUGGAUGUUCAUCAAGUGAUGAAGAUAAUCAACCAUCAGAAGAGGAAGAAGAUGAAUAUGAUACCGAUGAUUAUCUUCCAGACAAAACGCAAAUUGAUGAAUUAAAUGAUAAUGAUUUAUUGGAACAAGAAGAAGAAGAUGACGAUGAAUUUGUUCCACGUCGUUCAGCUAAAACUGUUGCUAAACGUCAUGUACAAAUGAAUGAAAAUAAUAUUGAAGCAUCAUCAAGUUCAUGUUGUGUUUGUUCAAAAACUGAUCGACCAGAAUCAUUGUUAUUAUGUGAUGAUUGCGAUGAUGCAUAUCAUUUGGAAUGUCUUCAACCAAUAUUAUUAGCUGUACCAGACGGUGAUUGGUAUUGUCCAUUAUGUGAACAUAAACGUUUAUGUGAUAAUUUAGUUGAAAAAUUAAUUCAACUUAUCAAAGAACAUGAAGAACUUGAAAUCAAGCGUACUCAAUGUAUGUCAAAACGUAGUAAUCGUUUAGCUAAUGUUAUGCUAAAUCUUGACCGAAUGGUCAAACGAUCAUCAAAAAAACGACGACCAAAUGGUAUUGUUUAUAGCGAUGAAGAAAAUGAAGAUGAAGAUAAUAAAUCGGAAAACGAAGAAGAAGAUGAAAAUAAUGACGAUGAUGAUGAUGAUGAUAGCGUUUAUGGCUUUAAAGAUGAUGGAAGCAUAGACGAUGCAGAGAAACAAAAAAUUCGAAGAGAUACUGAAGAAAUGAACUCAUCUGAUAGACUUGGUGUUCGAUCAUGCCGUAGAAAACCACAAAAUUAUCGUUUCGAUGAUUAUGAUAAGAAAAUGAAAGAAGCUAUGAUCGAAGCUGGAGUUAAUGGUGAUGAAAUUGAUAAAGAUUCAGAUGAAUCAGAUAAAGGAGACAAGACUACAUCAACAAAAAAACGUGGUGCUUAUAAUAAAGAUGAUGAUUUCGAUAUAUCGGAUAGGAAAAAAGAUGAUGAUGAAUUUGCACCUGAUCCAAACCGAUCGGACGAUAGUGCCACAGAAGAAGAAGAAGAAGAAGAAGACUAUGAUGAGGAUGACACAAGUGAUGAUGAUGAUGGCUGGAAAAGUAAACGCCGAUCAUCACCCAAAAAGAAAUCUAAAUCAAAAUCUAAUCGUAAUAGUCGUAAAUCAAAAAAGAAAUCCGAUGAUGAUGAAUCUCUUUCGGAGACUGAAUUAAACCAUUUUCAGACCAUGGAUACAACCAAGUCUGAUACAAUGAAUGAUGAUGAUUUAAAUGAAACUAAUGAUGAUCGACGACGAUCAACUCGAACAGCAGCACAAAAACGUUAUUCUAAACAACAAGAUGAUGAUAAUAGUGAGGAAGACGAUGAUGAAGAUUUGUUUGAAAAUGGUCGUCCACCACCAAGACGAAUGCGUUACAAGAAACGGCAUGGCAGUGAUGAUUCAUUUGUCGAUGACGAUGAUGAUUAUGAAAAAUUAGCACGUAAACGUAAAAUAGUUAAAUAUGGUAAAUCAAUAUCACGAUCGAGUAUUACUGAUCAUAUUAAAAAAUUAGUUGACGAAGAAAGUCAACCAAGCGAAGAAAAAGUUUCAGCUUCAGCGUCACAAGAUGGAACAAAAGAAGAAAUAAAUGAUACUCCUAAGCAACAGAAUAAAGUACCAUCGACAGAUUAUGAAGAACCACAACAAUCAGAUGAUGAUGAUUUUCCAGAUGAACAAGAGAUUUUCAAAGCAAACGGUUUACUAAAGUUACAGAAUAAUUUAAGUGGACCUAAACCUGCUGCUUUUCGGCCGCCAUUCAUGGCUCCAACACAUUCGUAUCAACAUGCGAUUGUUGAUCCAACAGCACGUUUUGCAAUGAUUCGCCCAUCAGUCAGACCAGCCACAAAUAUUGUUUAUUCAUCAAAUGGAAUUGCUAAUAACCUAGGUGAAAGUCAACAGCCGAGUGAUUCAAAUCCAGUCAAUGGCCAUAUCAGCCCAUCAUGGCGAUGA